AUGGAGGCACAAUCAAUGUUAUUCAUGGCAAAAGACUUAUUGGUGUUAGAUCCAGAUUAUUAUGGGAUGUGGAAGGUGUUGAUGAUGCAUAGAAUUAAAGGAAUUCAUGAAGAUGCAUGGACAGCAGUCGAACUUGGAUGGGAGUCGCCGAAACAGACUGCUGUUGAUUCUGACGGAAAUCAGGUGGUUGUUCUAAAACCCAACACAGAGUGGUCAAAAUCUGACAAAGCUUUGUCCAGAUUGAAUUCUCUGGCACUUUCAGCAAUAUUUGGUGGCGUUCGCAGGGAUCAGUUCUCAUUGAUUCAAGGUUGUACAUCUGCUAAAGAGGCUUGGGAGAUUCUGCAAACUAUCUUUGAAGGUACAACAAGUGUGAAACGCACAAGGUUAGAUAUUCUUGCUUCUGAGUUUGAGAACCUAAGGAUGUAUGAGUUCGAGAACAUUACUGCUUUUAGUGGUAGAAUUUAUGCUAUUGCGAAUGAAGCUAGAGCUCUUGGAAAGAAUUACAAAAACAGGAAGUUGGUCAAGAAACUGUGGAGGGGUUUAGCUCAUAGAUAUCAUCCUGUGAAAAUUGCGAUGGAUGUUGCUCUUGAUAUAGACAAUAUGUCUUUUCAGGAGGUAACAAGUAGAUUGCUAAACUAUGAGUUGCAAUACUUAUCGUCUGAUGUAGGUAAGAACACACAAGGAAUUGAUGUUUUCUCAGUUUGUGAUAGUGAAGAGAACACAAUGGCUAGUAAAACAGGAGAACUUAAGAGUUUUGUGGUGCAUAAAAGACGCAAGAGUUUGAAGAUUAUAGGAGAACAGAAAAGGAAUAAGGUUCAGUGUCAUGGUUGUCAGGGCUGUGGUCAUUUUAAAUCAGAUUGUCCUUCAGUGAGGAAGAAAGGGUUCAAGAGUCUGCAUUCGCCAAAAAGGAAUAAAAACACACAAAAGCCUCAAACAAACAAGUCAAAGUUUGUUGCACUUUGUUGCUCAACGAAACUUGCUGCUGAUAAGUUGGAACUGAAGUCUGAUAAUGGAACAAUUUGUUAUACGGAUCAGGACUCUAAGCCAGCAGAAGAAGAACUUAAAUUGUUGUUGAAUGAUCAAAUCAACAUUCUGAGGAAAUAUCUGAUACAAAGGGAAAAGGAAAAUCAGAGGCUUGUCACAGAGAAGAAUGAUUUGUUAAGUAAAAUUUCAAAUCUGGAAGAAGAUCUAGUUCUGGAGAAAGUAAAGUCUUGUGAUUUAGAAAAACGUUUAAAAGAUCAGUUAAGAAGCAUCAAGAUGUUGAGCAGUGGAACAAAGGAUCUUGACAAGAUUCUGACAACUGGUAUAACAUGUAAUGUCAUAUGGGGUUUGGGUUACCAUGGAAGUGAUUCUGGUGCAACUACUCAGUUUGUUAAAGGAUAA